GAAGGUAUAAAGAGGGCUGGUUAUGGCGCGGCCGCUGUAUUGACGGUUCGCACUGCGCGCGCGACGGUCCAAAACGCGCGUUAAAAAAGCUCGCGGCGUAAUAGUGAUUGUGUUCAAAAAUGUUGACCGGUUGGAAGUUACUUCUAUCCAAAUUAUUCGUGAUACCUCAGCGAUGGGUGAUGGCUAUCAUGGGUUUCCUGGCCGUGGCGAACGCGUACACCAUGCGUGUCUGCCUGAACAUUGCUAUCACACAGAUGGUGAGGCGACAUUCCCCCUCACCAGCCUACGAAGACGGCUCCUGCCCUGGGGGUUUGGACGAAGUUGUUGAAGAUGCAACGGAGAUCACUGGGUAUAACUGGAAUGAGGAGACCCAAGGAAUCAUAUUAAGCGCGUUCUACUAUGGUUACAUUGUUACUCAUUUACCUGGAGGUAUGCUGGCAGAACGAUUCGGAGGCAAAUAUUCCCUUGGCUUCGGAGUACUCAGCACAGCCGUGUUUACUCUCUUAACGCCCUGGGCUGUGAACCUGGGAGGCGCCACGGGGCUUAUUAUUUUAAGAGUUCUUGAAGGACUCGGAGAGGGAACGACAUUCCCUGCAUUAAAUGCCAUGUUGGCUCGAUGGUCUCCCGUGUCCGAGAGAGGACGGAUGGGGUCCCUAGUAUUCGGGGGGGCUCAAAUAGGAAAUAUUGCUGGAACUUACUUCUCUGGACUUGUCAUCAAGGAGACUGGCGAGUGGCAAUCAGUUUUCUACUUGUUUGGGAGCAUUGGGAUCCUAUGGUUUAUUUUAUGGGCUCUUCUUUGCUAUAAUGAUCCAGAAUCCCAUCCUUACAUAUCUGAUAAGGAAAAGAAAUAUUUAGAAGAAGCGCUCGGAAGACACCACAACACUCAGCCCUCGUCCAUUCCAUGGAAAGCUAUUUUCAUGUCAGUUCCACUAUGGGCUUUAGUUUGCGCACAGAUCGGACAUGACUACGGCUACUUCACAAUGGUCACUGACCUACCCAAGUACAUGACGGGUGUAUUGAAGUUCGACAUCCAUCGCACUGGCACCCUAGCUGCGCUGCCAUACGCCGUCAUGUGGCUGAGCUCCAUCGCUUUCGGUUGGAUAUGCGACAAAAUAGUCAAGAGGCAAUGGAUGACAGUCACAAACGCUAGAAAGACCUUCACUACCAUUGCGUCUGUCGGACCGGGUAUUUGUAUGAUCCUAGCUUCCUACUCAGGCUGUAACACUGAGACUGUUGUGAUACUGUUUACCGCGUCCAUGGGCCUGAUGGGAGCUUUCUAUCCGGGCAUGAAAGUGAAUGCGUUGGACUUGAGCAACAACUACGCUGGUACCAUUAUGGCGAUCGUGAACGGCAUUGGAGCGAUUACAGGCAUCAUAGCCCCCUACUUGGUCGGAUUAUUGACACCUGAUAGUACGUUAACUCAAUGGAGAUUGGUGUUUUGGAUCACUCUGGCGGUGUUCAUAGUGACAAAUUUAGUGUUCGUGGCGUGGGCGUCUGGCGAGGGACAGUGGUGGGACACCUGCUCCCAGGAUCCGAGGAAGCAAGACGAGAAUACGAAUCAAUCAGUCAACAAUGACGUCAAAUUGUAACCAAAUAGGUAGAUCGUCGUUGCACGAUCCUCGGACUAUGGAGCCAAUUGUUCAUAUAGUUAGAUAAGGCUUAUGAACUGUUCAAUAGGUAAAUACCGUACGUACCUAACAAGUACAACAUGUGAAAUAUUGGCGGUUCUUUGAAUCCACAGCCAGUGCUAUGUGAUAAUAAUAUUUAAUAGAAUAUUAGCGUUCAUUAUAUUAUAUUGAUCUAUUUAGUUUUAGGUGUCAUUAAAGAUUAAGUUUGGAUUCUGGUCAUUCAUCCAACUGGAACACCGAAUGUCUUAACUGUAUUCAACACCGUGAAUAUAGUUACGUCAAAUUUUCAUCUAAGUUGAUGAAUAUCCUUUUAUAAUAAUGAAGAACAUACCUACUGAUCUAUUAGUGAAUAAUUUUAAAGUAGCCAAUAUUAAUUUUCACUAUAGGUUUAACACAAGUUUGCUUCGUCACACUACAUACUAAAGUUUUCCCGUUUCCCGUUCGCUUCCGUGCGAACAGUUAUCAAUGAAAAACGUGAAAUGGUAGGUAUUUUGAGAGUUGAUGCAAACUUGUGUUAAGCAUACUGACUUUUACGACAGGAAAUUAUGAAUUGUGACAGUGACACGUGAAUAAAUUUAAUGUGGUUAAAGGAUUAUUUAACGGUAAUGUUUCUUUAUAGGAUGGCCUUGUUAAGGGCGGUCUACAUUAUGCUGUUAAGGAGCGUUUAUACGCUCUUUAUUGUACUGUUAUUCUAUACUCCUUAAAUAAUGACUUUUUUAUUAAGUAUACGUAAUUUUUUUUGUUAAUAGCAGCGUUUCGAAAUUUGAUGUGUAAUACGUUAUUUAAAUUAUUCUAAAAUUUAAUUAGAACAAGUUAUUAUUUAGGCAAUCUUUAAGCAGGGCAACAUUCGUAGGUUAUUAGGUGAUAUUUAUAUAGCAAUUCUCACUGGCUUUUAUACUUUCAUAUAAAUCACGACCUAAGACCUAGUCACAUUUUUGCUUUUUAUUGUAAUUCCUAAGCCAGAGCCUUUCCGUCCACAUCCAUGAUAAAUAUUACUUAAUUUUAACACCAAAAUGUGAUUUAAUAAUGUACUAAUAAAUUUACAUUACUCUGUAAUGUCUGAGAACAUUCUAGAACAAUGAUUUUGUUCCCCAAAUAUGUUGUUAUAAAAUUGUAUUCAUAGGUAUAGAAAUAGGAUAAUUGCACAAGUGAAUAUUUUUUCUGUUGACAAAGAAUUUUGUUGUUGAAUGAACGGAAUGGCUGUGAACAAAUUGAACGUCUGAUUUGUUAAAAUCUCUCUUAAAUAUUAUUUUCAAGUACUUUAGUACUUGUUUGUAUUAUAGACUACACACUGGUAGUUUCAUCGUAUACUCUUAAUUAAUCGUCAGCGAUGGGAAAGUAUCCGAUGAUUUAAGUGAAAACUGAUAGAUUUUAAGUAAGCUAUGAGAACUCGUAUUUAACACAUUAAAAUCGAAGACAUUUAUAUUAAAAAAAAUGUCAGCUUUUUGAUGUAAAAAUAAUUAAAGUAUCCAAUCACUAAUGUAUUGUAUGUUAUUUAAAAUAAUUAAUGUAAUAUUUUUAAUUAAUAUUGUGGUAAUAUAUAACAUCUGUGCCAUCCGUGGAUCUGUGCGAUCUGUGCAUGUUACUGUGUAAAUGGUUAUGAACUGUCAAUUGAUAUAUUUAUGUGUUAUGUCUGAGAUAUUAGGUUACAUUUUGUACAAUAACUUUAUUAAUGUAUUGUUUGUUAAAUAAAUAAAAGCUUUGAAUAUGA